AUGACAUCUAGCAACGUCUUUACCACCACCAAACCCAAGGCCAACCAACCGUCGUCGCCGAGGGAAUUCUUCCAAAAGAUUUACGGCCACCUCGAGACGGGAUCUCCCAAAGAAGAAAGUUCUUCCUUCGACACCAGGAAACCUAGCACUGAACUGAUAGCACCCAUACCGAUAUUGGCUGCUCCGUUGCCCUUCAUCUUGCCCCACGGAAACGAAUCGCAGUUAGCUGCAGCCGCGGCUGGAUUGACAGCGUUCCUAGCCAGGAGGCGUCGCAAAGAAGGUAGACCUCGCAGACAGAGGACAACCUUCAGCAGCGAGCAAACCCUACGUUUGGAAAUCGAAUACCAGAGGUCUGAGUAUAUCAGCAGAGGAAGACGUUGCGAACUGGCCGAAGCUUUGAGACUUUCAGAGACCCAGAUAAAGAUCUGGUUCCAGAAUCGCAGGGCCAAGGACAAAAGGAUAGAGAAGGCUCAUAUAGACCACCAUUACAGGAAGCUACUAGGAGCAUUUCCCGGGAGCAUCUGCCCUGUCUGCGUAGAGGGGCCUUGUUUUCACGUCCCAAGUCUGUUACAGCCACAACUUUCUUUGCCCCAACCCAGUACUUCCACUAGCCCCAGCUUUCAAGAAAGUAACAGCAACGAUAACGACAUUAACGUUGUUUAAAUUGAUGCUAAAAUAUUUUUACCAAUACCAACAUGUUUUGUAUUUAAAAUUCAGCAUUAUUACAUAACUAAUUAUAGUUUAAUUUAUAUAAAAUAUGUUUCUGUAUAUAUGUAAAAACUUUAAGAUAGCUAGGAAAAAUGAAUCAAAAUUACUUAUGAAAAUUGAUUUUCUCAUAU